GAUGCUCCGCAAGGUUUUGGGCUCAGCGAGUGGAAUCCGGAAGCGAACGAAGUAAAGCACCCUUCGCAAGAGUUUUUUUUUUUCUGGGUUUGUUUUCUUCUGGGAAAAUGGAAGGGUCCGCAUGUUACCGGUGUAUUGAAUGCAGUACAAAAGCGGCUGAGCUGUACAAGGAUUAUCAACGUGGGGUGUUGCGGAUCUCUAUCUGCAAAUCCUGCCAAAAACCAGUGGACAAAUAUAUAGAAUAUGAUCCUGUCAUCAUCUUAAUUAAUGCUAUCUUAUGCAAAGCACAAGCGUACAGACAUAUCUUGUUCAAUACAAAAAUAAAUAUUCAUGGAAAGCUUUGCAUAUUUUGUUUACUUUGCGAAGCUUAUCUCAGGUGGCUGCAGUUACAGGAUUCAAGUCAAAGUACUGAUCCCGAUGAUUUAAUUAGAUAUGCCAAAGAAUGGGAUUUCUAUCGAAUGUUUGGAAUAGCAUCUUUGGAACAAACUGUCUUUUUGACUGGCAUCUUCACUGCUCUGUGGUUAGUAAAACCUGCUGUCCUGAAAACCAAGGCAGAUUUCAUAUUUCUUCUGAAAGCAUUGCUGUUAUCCAGCUAUGGAAAACUUCUACUGAUUCCAGCAGUUAUUUGGGAGCAUGACUACACUCAUUUGUGUCUCAAGCUCAUUAAAAUGUUUGUGUUGACGUCAAACUUUCAAGCAAUUAGAGUUACUUUGAAUACUAGCCGCAAACUGUGUCUGAUGGUCAUUUUGAAUGGAUUACUUUUCGAAAAUGGCAUCAUUUAUUUGUUCCAGAAAAUAGGAUGGGAUGUCUGAGACAAUCUUGUUUCCUUAGGAUGAUAGUGAAAAUAUUUCAAGAUGUAGAAAAUGUUGCCUUUCAAAUCAUUCACUUCAUCACCGGUCAGUAUUUGAUCAUUCUUUACCAAAGGUAAAGAAAUGCUGAAUAUAAAUGAAACUUUCUAUGCCAAACCAACCAAUUGACCCACAGAAAUUUAAGAGUGAUGCACUGAUAUUUAAUUUUUAUAACAAUUUUGCUAUGUUUGAUUUCAGAUUAUAUAGCUGUGUUCUGUUUUUUUCCUCCUGCAUUACUUUGUAUUUAAAAGAAAAAAGGGGUGUGAUUGUUUUAUUAUAAAGUACAAAGAAGAAAAUUAUCAUACUAAAAAGAGGCAAAAUGACAAAACAAGAAAAAAACCAGCUUGACUCAAAGGUGUGUUCUGACAGCCACGCAUAAAAUAACAAUAAAGUGGCUUCACUUUGACAUUUCUGGCAGUUGUGCUACUGGAAACACUGGAAAUAUGUUUUUAUUUGUGGAGUGCUCAUACUUUUAAAUUGAUAUUUAUACAUCCUCCAAGGAACAAAUAUAAUUUUGUAGACAUAUUUAUAAAUAAAGGGUUUUUUAUGACUAAA